GGGGGUGGAGAGGGUGGAACAGUCGGAUUUCUGACCUCACCCCUCCCGAGGCACGUGUCGUCCCGAGCAGGCUUCCUUCGGAGCGUGUUCAAGAACUUUUUUCCAAGAAUGCUAGCGCCGGAGUUUCUCUUCUCUGCGUGCUAGGGGAGUUGGUGCUUUGGAAAAGGUGGUCGCGGUUCUUAGCGUGUUCAGGCCGACUGCUGUUGGGGCUCUCGCUGCAGAUCUUCCUUCAGGGCCGGGUCUUCAGGACGUUUCUGGUGGGGCGUGGGCGCAAUGCGGGUCGCUCGGAGGGGCGAUGGAGGAAGGGGAAGUGAAAUGCACAACGCGUAGCGAGCGUCAGGAAAAGCAGGGCCGCAGCGCCCUGGCAGAGUGGAAAUUUUCACCCUCGGGUUUUGCACCGGCGGCGCAGCGUGGCGCUGAUUUCACGUGUGCGAAUACAAACCACAGGAAUGAGGUUUUAUUGAAGAGGAAAAGGAAAAAAAAAUCAGCAGCUCGUUACCUAAUGUCAUUAGCGUUGAACGUGAAUUCCCACUUACGGGGCAAAACGAGCGGAGGCGCUUUCAAAAUACCGGUCUCCAAGCACCGAAGUGUUCUUCUAACGCCGACCGACAAAUUAGCGGGCUUUGCUCCGCAUCCUGUGCUCCGGCUUAUUUUGAAAGGUGAUCCGGGUGACCUUUCCAAAGAUCCGUGUCCCCGAGCUUGCACAGCUCCAGUACAGAAGGGAAGAGCCCUGCUGAAGCGUCUGAUUCAGGAGCCAGCGCGCUGCUGGGCAAGACGAGCGCUGCAGCUGGGCUGGUUUUCUCCUUGAGGCAGUCUCGAGUCAGGUUUCUGUCAAGUCAGGAAUUCAUUCAACUCUUCUCUCUGAAUUAGCUAGCUAGCCUAAAUAAACAAACAGGGGUGAUUAAUGCCUGCCCCUCGCUUACAUGGUAGGGAUAUUCGUAGGAUUUUGGGACGUUCUUCUCAGAUUGGCCCCAUUAGGCUUCGUCAGGCGUUCCCCGCAGGCAGGGCCGCGAGCUCGUGGUGGAACUUAAAUGAGGCACGGCUGGAGGUGCAGGGACUGUCACAGCCCGCUGAGCCUGGCUGGGGAGAUAGGCAUCUCGAUUGAUGGUUAUUCCCUGAUAAUUAAGUUAAACGACAUCAGGAACUGACUGCCAGGCGUUUCCAGCUCCUCUCAGCUGCAGGAGUCGCUGCCGCUGCUGCCCCUGUUCCCCUCCUCUGGUUCCUGACGGAGCUCUCGCGCCCCAUUCACCGCGUGGAUGAGUGAGAUGUCUGCUCCCUGCCUCAGACCAGCCACAAAAAGUGGGUUGCGCCCUGCUCCGCCUCACUUUCCAAGGGUAGGAAGAGGAGUAAUCGGCCAAAAACCCAUUUCUUGCGUUAUGUUGUGCCGCCGUCGUUGCUGUUGGUCGUCAUCGCCCUGAUGGCGCGCAGCCCUCCUGGGAUUUCGAAGUGGCGCCUCGCUUGCUGACACCGGGAGGGAGAACUUUGCAAGUGCUUACCUGGGGAGCUGAGAAGUUUCAGACAACGGGGUUUUUCCUGUUUGUCGUUCUCCUAAUUAGAAGCCCGGUUUUUCUCACUAAACUUGAGCUACCGUUUGCAGUUGAAGUCACGGGAGGAAGGGACGUCUGUGUCAGCAGCCAGGCUGUGUUAAAAAUAGGAUCGGGCGCUACAUAAACUUCUUAUCCUUCUGGAAAUCGUUUUUCAGACUUAAAUACAGCGCUUUACAUUUUUAAUCACUCCUGAGCUAUUAGGUAAUUAAAUGCUCUAGUAACAUGCCUCCGGGGAAGGUAAGGUGGUGUCGUUCCUGCUCGGCAGAUGAGUCAAGCUCCUGGAAGGAGCUUGGUCAAGGUCAGCCAGGAGCAGUCGCAGAUCUGAGCGCAGGGCUCGAGCUGGUGAUGCCCUGCGCCACGCUUCGUGUGCUGGAACCUGUCAGCUCCCCGCGUCCUGCCUUAAUGGCUCGGUAAAUAGUUUUUAAAAAACAUCUUUCAAGUAAUUGGGCUGAAAUUCCCUCUGAUCUGCUCGAGGGAGGAGAAGUGUAACAGUGAUGACCUGAUUUGAUGCGGCUCACGGCUCGGGUAGCGCUGGAGGAGGCUCCUCCGACCCCGUUAUUGCUGCUGAAGAGAAAAAUGUGUAAAGGAUUUGUUUAAAUAUGGCACAGUCGCUCUUCCCCCGGGGCGGUGUGCUCUGUGACGCUGUAAGCCGCUGGUACGCGGCUCCAAGCUCUGAUCUCCUACACCAAGAUGUGCUGAUGACUGUUUUUGGUUUAAAUCACCUUGUGAGGUCCUAAAAACUUGGUUUUGGGACUGCUCCUCUGGUGUAAGCCUUCAGGAUGCGUCAGGUGGCUUGGGCCUGUGUUUAAAUCCGGGGAAAACCCCAUCCCAGGAUUUCUGUGGGAAAAAAAAAAGUUUUCUGGCGUAGUUUUACAGGUGUGGGACACGUGUGGCUGCUGUAACUGUGGUGGUUCUGUGCUUGGUGUGUCACAGCCAUCGCAGAGCGCAGUGCUUUGUAACGAACGUGGGAUUCAGGAGCGCAGGUGAGGAAGUUGUGACAAAUGAGCAAGAACUGACGAGCGAAAGGACCUGAAUAUUGUGUGCUUAGGUGGGACUCCUCCAUCUGGGGGGAGGCUUUAAUCCCGCGGUCGUCGUGCUGAUAAAGUAUUCCAGGAUCCGCUUCUGAAGUCUGUAUUCGAGUCGCUCGGCGAGAACUGCUUUAAGGUUGGGGGAGGUUAUUGGAAACAUCUCUGUUCUUGCCUCUGGCAAUCUAAUUAAUGUAUUUUUUUGGCAUUGAAAGCUGUUCUUGAAGGAAAUAAUUGCUGUUCGUUGGGUGAUUUUUGACUUCAUGUCAGUGAAAAAGGUAAUUUUGUACUACUUAAUUUGACUAUUUUAAAGCGAGGGUCUCAUUAAAACAUUGAGCACGCCACAGGUUCGGGGUGUGAAUUUCCAGGCGCGCGUGUUUCCCUAAUUGCAUUCGCUGCAGUGUGCCACAUUGCCCUUUUUGUUCAAGUUACAGGUUCGUGGCUUCUGGGCUAGUUUGGAUUUUACUCAGCUGCUUUAAAACUUUUUCUUUAAAGAAGCAAAGUGUCUGCAGUGGGUCUCUGGCUCUCUGCUUUUUACGUACCUUAGUUCUUUCUGCUUAAGGGUCUGUGCUGGCAGCGCGCUAUUCCAAAAUAGGUUUCACCAUUUGGUGGUUUCCCUGCCCAGCAAAGCUGGGUCCCUCCUCUGCAGAUGAAAAUUUGGUGCGCCUGAAGCCGCUCCGUACCUGCGAGGAGGUGACGAAGCUCGUUGCCUUCUGACUCCCUCGAAGACGUGACCCGUCGCUGCCCUACUUCUGCGCGCUCGGGAAUUUCACCAGGCCUAGGAGGGCUCGUCCUGUGAGCCGGCAGGAGGUGGGGGACGGAGCGGUGGUGUCUGAGCGAAAUCUCAGCCUGCCGUGCCGACGUCACGGUACCUGAAAGCUUCGCCGGCAUCUUCCCAACGAGCUCGGCUUUGAGCACGCCGCUUAAAAACAGCUGAGCAAAGCCUGGUUUCACCAGCAGCAGCAACAGCCGGGUUGCUUACCGAGUGUUUCAGCCUUAACCCUCCCCCUUAGGGUUAGUUCGGGUUAGCUCCGUCCUCUCUCAGCAGUCCCGUCAGCUCUCGCUGCUGCUAAACCAGCUGUGUUUGGAAUCCUCCGCUAGGACUGGGAGCUGUUGCCGCUGCCUUUUAACGCUGCAAAGGGAGAUAAGUCUGCGGGUCACUAAAAGUUACGGCAGCGCAGUGACCGCUGGCUUGCUUUGGAAAUGACGGAUUCCUGGAGGAUGCCUCCCUGCUGCUGAUGGCAGCUCGGUGGCACGGCGCUGGUGACGCUUCUGGGCUACCAGCAGUGUAAACGCCCUCCUCUUUCUGCUCGUAGUGCUCCUGCUGUUCAGAAAACGAAGCCAUCGCGUUGUGGCCACCGCCUGCGGUGCCGGGAGGCACGGCUGUGCCCGAGGUGCUGGGUCCAGCUCGGGGCUGGGGCUCUCGAGGCUGCGGCGACAGCUUCAGGUUUGUGCGUUGGACGCAGCCGUGUCCCGUCUGGUCCAAGCAACGCUUCGGAAAUGCAGGCAGGCCUCCGUCUUGUCGAACGGAGAGCUUUGACUCGCAAGUGGUUCGUUAACUUGGGAGUGGGUCCUCGAAACCUGGCGCGAGGCAGAGAGCUGGGACGGCAGGCGAGCUGCCUGCGAGUGCCACGGCCCCGGGAGUUGGAGUCCGGGCUGGGGCAUCGCUCACAGCUGCCGGCCCUGCCUCCGCGACGGCGCCUUCGCUUUCUGCUUGUCCUGAUGGGCUUCGGGCUGCCUCGAGGUGAACGCUUGUUUUUGUUGGGCUUGGGAGUUGUUGGUUUUCCAUUAUCCUGCUCGCUCUGAACAUAAUGACUUAAAAAAAAAAAUGUUAAUUUUGGUGUAAUUAGCGUCCUGUUUACCUCCUGCUCUUUAUGACCUCGCUUGUUGGAGGCGUUAGUCACUGGCAGCGUGUUGUUCUGGGCAGUUUUAGUCAUGCCUGUUUUCAUAAAUCGUCCUGAGUGGUAGGCGCUUGAAUCAAUGGUGCAGUUUGUUUGUGUAGGAUUAGCCUGCUGCUUCCUCUCGGACGCUUACAGGCGGCAGCUGCACAGAGGCUUCUCCUGAACUGCUCGUCAUUUCGGGGCUCUUCGUGCGGCAUUGAUCAGAGCCUAAAAUCUGAGGUGAUCGGAAUCCUCCACGGGAGGAAAGGAAAGCUGCUUUGUGCUACGCUGAAAGAAAUGACUGAGUGUUCUGUUGGAAUAUACGUCGCACAUUUAUGGCGAUUCUGAGCGUGAGGGCAGACUUCUGCCAGGCCCAGCACAGCAUCCUGGCUGACAAGUGAGCCGAGAGCAGGGGGUUUCACGUGCCAUAAUUACUUUGCCUUGAAGAUUCCAGACACAGCGAACACAAAUAUAUGGGAUAUCUUCUGCCCAUUGGAAGCAUAUUCCUUUUACUGACUCUAGCAAAACUAAGCGUCAAGAAAACAAAGUGGAGAGAAAACCUGCCCUUACUUUUUUGCCUCACCAGUGCCUAAAUGUAGAACAGGCUGCCUAGUCUUGCAUGUAGUCAGAAUUCGUGGAGUCUGAAGGAUACCACCUGCAGCAACUGAGGCCGAAGUUGAAUUCAAGUGGAUUCUGAAGCAAACCUGCUUUUCUAGAAGCGAAGUCUCUAAGGAACAAACACGUCGAAGCAAGCUCUGAUCAAUCCCAGCCAUUUUAGUGGUCUUUUUAAUGUUUUCUGCUGUGAAACGUUUCCAAGGUUAUUGAUUUUUUUUUUUUGCCCCUCACGCAUUUUGUUUGCCAUUAUGAACCGUCCAGCCCCCGUGGAAAUUACCUACGAGAACAUGCGUUUCCUGAUCACUCACAACCCAACCAACGCAACCCUCAGCAAGUUCAUCGAGGAGCUGAAGAAGUACGGAGUGACAACCUUGGUGCGAGUUUGUGAUGCCACUUACGAUCAAGCUCCUAUCGAAAAAGAAGGAAUCCAGGUUCUAGACUGGCCGUUUGAUGAUGGAGCACCACCCCCGAAUCAGAUAGUUGACGACUGGCUAAACCUGUUGAAAACCAAAUUCCGUGAAGAGCCUGGAUGCUGUGUCGCUGUUCACUGUGUUGCAGGGUUGGGAAGGGCUCCUGUCCUGGUUGCACUUGCUCUCAUUGAAUGUGGAAUGAAGUACGAAGAUGCAGUUCAGUUUAUAAGGCAGAAAAGGAGGGGAGCUUUCAAUUCCAAACAGCUGCUUUACCUUGAGAAAUACCGACCUAAGAUGCGAUUACGCUUCAGAGAUGCCAACGGUCACUGCUGUGUUCAAUAGAAAAUCUCAAACGAAGGCAGAAGUUAGCAUGGCUGUUUUCUGGACUCUUGGCACCUGGAAAUGUGAAUCUGGAAUCAAACUACGUCAUCAAAUUAGUGGUGGAGUCAGUGCUCCUCAACCUCUGUCCUAAUGGUGGUGAUGAUUGGAAAAAAAUAAAAAUAAAAAAAAAUUAAGAGAAACAUUUCAGUGAAGGAUUGUUUUCUCCUUAAGCUGCAGUUUGAACAUCUGCAAGGAGAAAAGAAAAUCAGUUUCUGAACCUUCUGUAUUUUUAACUUUUUAAGAAAAGAAAUAAAGUAAAUUUUAUGUCUAAGGAAAA